GCUGAAAACACUGACGUCAGGGCUAGAUUGAAGUUAGAGGAGGGCGUCCUGGAAGGCACAAGAAUGGACUUGUGUGGCAUCCAGCAGAAUGUUGAACAGCUUGCAAGCCAGGCGGUGCAACAACAUGACUUGUUGAAGUCAGCGGUGGCAAGUCUCCAGGUUUCACAAGUGUACAUCACGCAUUUGGAGGAAAUGGUCCAAAAGAAUGCUGACACUGCUGCUCAGCAAACAGCAGCACUGUCACAGUCGGCAUUGGAGGUUCAGUCUCUUGCUGUGCAGCUGAGGAGCGCCCAGGACCUGAGCAACAAGUUGACCCAGGAGGUGGAAGCCAAGAAUAAGGCUAUUGCGGCAUAUGCUGCACAGGUGCUAGAAGAUUCAGCACAGAUCUUGUCUAUGGACAAACAGAUCAUGCAAUUCCAGAAAGAGGAACAGAUUCGUGAAGACAACAGCUCAAAAGUCCAGUGUCUACAAGAGCAGCUGCAAUUAGCAAUCCGAGAGAAGGAAGAUGUGGAGGCCAAGGUCGAUGGCCUGGAAGCAGAAGUUGCCGAUUUACAUCUUCGCAUUCCCAGUGCUGACAUCGAGCAGGAGAACCAGCAUCUGCGGCAGGCUGUGCAAGAACUGGAAACAGAAGUUAAUGAUGGACGCAAGUCAGUUCUGCAGCUUCAACAGGCGCUCAGCGACCUCAAAGAGGAGCGUGCACGCAUGAAUGCCGAAAUAGCUGCAAGAGACAAGAUGUGCCAAGAAAAGGAUGGGCUGUUGUAUGAGAUGCAGUGCCAGUUAUCUGAGACAGUCUCUGAUCACCAGAGGGUCCAUGAGGGAACUGCUUCAAGUCUAGCAUCGAAAGCUACAGAAAUCGCGGAGCUGGGCAAGAGGGUGGGCGACCUCAAGGACAAGUUGACAGCUGCCAUUAAGAAGGGCAAACGCAUUGAAGUUGGCAAGAAGGAGGCAGAGGCACAGCUUGCACAGUUGCAGCAGGUUGUCUCUGCCCUGGAGGAGCAACAGGUGAAGGAACUCGAGGUGAGCACAUCUCUGAAGGAGAGAGCACUUCGGGCAGAGGCUGAGGUUGAGAAGCUUGAGGGUGAGACGAAGGAGCUACAGAGGGUCACAGAGGAUCGGUCUGCAGCCACCAGAGAUGCUGGUGACCGUGUUCAGAUGUUGGAAUGUGAACUGGAAAGGGCCAAAUUACGGGCAUCGCAGGCAGAAAAAGAUGUGCAGAAGCUAGAAAGCGAGGCUGCAGCUGCCGGGGAUCUGUCUCGCAAAAUGGAUGCUCUCGCUGCCCAAGCAGAGCAAGGGGAGGCAAUGCUGCGGCGCAAUGAGAUAGAGAUGGCAGCCAUGAGGGAGGAGGUUGCGACCCACAAGAACAAAGUGUCCAUGGCACGGGAUGCCAUUGAGAAGUUGAGGAAGGAGCGGCAGGCUGCCAAGGGCGAGGUAGAGGAAUUCAGCAGCAGAGUUGAGUAUCUGCUAGCAGAAAACGACCAACUGCGGGAGGCCCUGUCAGAAGCAAGAAUGUCUGAGGAACAGGACUCGCCUGCCUCAGCCACUGUCCUUGAAGAAUGGAAGCGUCGUGCUGAGGAAGCAGAGCAAAAUGCUGAGAUUGUUGGACAGAGACUGCAAGAUGCUGAGCGGGAGCUUGGCGACAUAUCUGCCAGGCUUGCACAGCACCAGGCCGCUGAGGAUGCUACCGCCACUCGGAUAGCUACUCUGGACCAUGAGCUGGCGCAGCGAAACGCUGAGCUGGAUCAAAUGAGGCGCUCUCAGGCCACGACUGCUUCCAAUAGGAUUGAUGAAGAGUCGACCAGGCGGCGUCUUCAAGAGGAGGCUGAUGCCCUGCGUCAUGAGAGGGAUGUGUUGACGAGGGAGCUGGAGCAGGCGAGGCAGAGUGGGCCCAGCACAUCUCAGGUCACUGUGGACAUCAUGCCAUCGCAUGAUCACCCGCAGGGCUCAUUGACACAGGUCAAGAGGCGAGAGAUUGUCGAUUUGGAGUCCAACAUGCCGGAUGAGGAAGACCACGGCUCUGACGGCGAGCGGGAAUCCGAGUUCAGACCUUUGACGAGCCUGGCGUUCGUUCGUUCCGCCUCAACACACCCACGGAUCACCCAUGCCGUCUCCCAGCUGGACCGGUGGACCGUAACGGCUGGAAAAGCGCUGACUGGGAGGCCUCUGUUGCGCAUUGGCCUGCUGGCGUACGCCGCACUUCUCCACAUCAUAUUCUUUGCGCGCUUGCUGGCGUGA